GUUGCCCUUUAUCGGCGUUCUUGCUGUCGAACGACGACCCCGCGGUGGCGAGGAUGAACAGCGCCCGAAAGGAGGAGUCCGAGUCCAAGCCGAAGACGACGAAGAAGCCCAAGAAGGAGAAGGAUAAGGAGGGGCCCAAGUACAGGUCCGACCACAUGGACUACUACCUGCAUGCACAUAUCGAUUAUCCUCCCACUUUUCCGGAGGAGUUCCUGGAGAAGGCAGCGGGGUUGCCUCAGCGGCCGAAGGAGUUGCUCUAUCUUUGGGAAUCAACUGAGGGGCCUGCCUCGGGGCUCAAGACCAUAGACGUCUUGGACAUGAACAUGUCCAGCAGCUGGGGCAAGGUCCGCGAGAACCGCACCGCGACGAUCGUGAGCUCCUCUUUGAUGUGGGCCCGGGGGGUCGGCACUUGCGGCAAG